AUGCAGAACGACGAGGGCCGUGUUGUCGACCUUUACAUCCCCCGCAAGUGCUCCGCCACGAACCGUCUCAUUGCAGCCAAGGAGCAUGGAGCAGUGCAGCUGAACGUUGGACAGGUGGACGAGAACGGCAUGUACACCGGCGAGUUCGAGACGUAUGCACUGGCGGGCUUCAUCCGCGCACGGGGCGAGAGCGACGCAUGCUGCCGGUGCUGCAUAUGGCAGAGCUGCGCUUCUGACACACCCUCGUCUGCGGCAUUGAUGAGUGCCAACACUUGUUUCAAGAUCGAGGUGUGGAAAGGUUCUGUACCCUCACCCCACCUUUGGCGUAGUUAUUGUCUCAUGGAAUUUUAG